AUGGCGUUACGGUGCAAACGCGUAAAAGUGCAGCCGGCUGAAGUUCUAACUUUAGAGAGUACUAGCGAGGAAUUACCUGAGUGUGAAGACAUUUUACCACUUCAGUUACAAAAUAAAACGCCAUCCUUUCGCAAUUUGCACUCCAUCCCAGAAGAAACCGGCCUUCAAGGAUCGCACAGGAGGUCGGAGAGUUCCCUGACAGAUAAACCGGAGCUGCACCUCAUCAACCAAAUCCAAAGGGCUCUUAAUUCUUUACGGGUGCUGGUUAUUGUUUUUGUGGCUAUUUCAGUCGUUUCACUCUCGCUCAACAUAUGGGUUAUCACCAGCGUUCUUGGCCAAGAACAAAGCAAUCAGGAACACAGGGUUAACACAUCACAGCAAGGAAAAUAUGUGAGCGAAAAUGAGACCGGCCCCUUGGGAAUUCUGAACGAAACCAAGCAGGAAAUGAAAAAAGAGGAAACACAAGAUAAGCAUAACAAAGAUGCCGCCAGAGGAAAUACCUCUGCGAGUGACGAGAGCUUCCCCGGAAAUGCUCAAAGAUAUCUUAAUAUUACACAUCAACGACUUGAAAAACUGGAAAAUCAGUCACAAAGUUUAAUUGACGAAGUCAAACUCAUACGAAAGAUGUCAGAGAACUUCUCAGACACCGAGUUGAAGAUUUCAGAAACAAAAGACGACAUGCAGAGUAGACUUCUCACACUGCAAAGACAAGUAACAUUUUUGAAUGCAUCGUUGAUGGAAAAGAUUAGCAACAUCAGCGGAAUGACUGGCUCAGCAGGGCCGAGUGGUUUACCUGGCAUUCCUGGUGUUCCUGGCAUUCCAGGCAUCAAUGGAUCGCACGGUCCCAUUGGUCCCAAGGGUGACCAGGGCAUUAAUGGCUCCCAAGGGCUCCAGGGCCCUGCCGGACCUCCAGGCGGUUAUGGGCCCCAAGGGGUACCGGGACCUUCCGGCCCGCCAGGGCCUGGAAACCUAAGUUUGUGUUAUUACAAAGAGGAACAGAGCACUGGUGUUACCAAAGGUGCCUCAGCAAACGACAAAGUUAUUGUAAAGGAACUGCAUGACGUUAAGAUUAUUGGUGCGACUUGUUCAUCGAACGAUGCCGCCAUGCACGCCUUAACCAGCGAAGUCAGCUCAGGAUUCCGCUUCUUCAGAUGCCGUUGUCGAGGAAGUAUAAAAACUCCCAUUGCCGAGCCGAUGUACUGCUACAUCCACUAUUGGGAAUGUCGCUUAAUUAGUUAAAGGGCGCAGCUUGAUAUUGGUCUUAUGGUUUUCUCUGUAUAAACGUAUAUACUCCAUUUUUCGUUUUUAAAGGUGUAGCCUGCCAUUAAUUCAUAAUUGGGAUGCUAGCCUAAAACCCCCAGAAGAAGUUCACAUACAACUCCCUGCAAAUCUACUCAAUUCUUGUAGGUUUUUACCUCGCGCCCAACUGGAAAAAGGAAUGAAAAAAUCAAGAUAAAGUGUUAUCAUUUAUUGCUAUUAAAAUAGUUAUAAUUAUUA